AUGAAUGCUCUUUGUUCUACAAAGCAAGCAUAUCAUUGGUUUGAAAACCAACAGACAAAAGAACUUUUAGAAGAAUUUCCUCAUAUGAUUGCUUCCCUCGGAAAACCGAGAGAAGAGAUUCCGUACGAAAAUCGCAAGAAUUUGGCUCCUGGUUUGAAAGGUUAUUAUGUUCAUAGACUUUUAGUAAACGCUGUAGCAAUGUGGGCUUCACCUCGUUAUGCUUGUUAUAUUUUAAUGAUGUUAGAUGAACUAUAUAAAGCAGAACGUGGAGAGAUGGAAAAGAAACUUCAAGCAAAAGAUGAAGUCAUUGAAUCCAAAGACAAAAGCAUACAGAAAAGAAUACCACGUUCAGUACCAAAAGGAAAGGAAAAGAGUUAUAAGUAUAUGAUAUAUACUGAAGAGUUGGAGAAAGAAGAAGAUAAAGAUUAG